ACACAGGAAUGCAUUUCUGUUGUGACAUCUCAACGAACACAGAAAAAAGACAGAAAGUGAGAGAAGAAAGACAGACAACAGAAAAGAUGGAUUAGAAGAGACAUUGGAGCACAUAAGCUGAAGCUAGCAAAAGUCAUUCAGAAGCUAUAAGGACAGGAAAUCAUGGCCUCUGACCAACACAGACCAAAACCCAGAUUGAGUCUCCGCUCCAGCACAACUAUACGAUACGGCUCCAUGAGCUCUGAGCAUCCGGAUGGAGACCCUUCCACCCCGCAAACAACCUCCAUCUCUCAGAGACGCUCCUACAUUGCAGUGGCAGUGCUGUGUUACAUCAAUCUGCUCAACUAUAUGGACCGUUACACUAUAGCUGGUGUGCUGCUUAGAAUACAGAAAUUCUUUUUCAUCUCCGACAGCACAUCGGGCCUCCUACAGACAGUUUUUAUCUGCAGCUUCAUGUUCUUGGCACCAGUGUUCGGUUACCUUGGAGAUCGCUAUGAUAGGAAGCUUAUUAUGAUCGUUGGGCUGGUUAUGUGGAUCGUCACAACACUGGGAAGCUCUUUCGUCAGAAAAUCGCACUUCUGGGUUCUGGUUGCGACAAGGGCUUUGGUCGGGACAGGAGAGGCCAGUUACUCCACCAUUGCUCCUACUAUCAUUGGUGACCUGUUCGCUGGCUCCAAGAGAACUCUUAUGAUCUCCUUCUUCUACAUCUUCAUACCAGUUGGAAGUGGUCUUGGAUACAUUAUUGGGGCAACUGUAGCUGAUGCAACAGGAGACUGGCGUUGGGCUCUAAGGGUUAGUCCUGCUCUUGGGGGACUUGGUUUGCUGCUUCUGGUGUUUCUUAUACCUAACCCUCCUCGCGGAGCAUCAGACAAUGGAGGAGCAAACAUGGAAACCACUUCAUACACUGAAGACAUCAAAUACCUCUUAAAGAACCGGAGUUUCGUCUGGUCUUCUCUCGGCGUUACUGCCAUGGCUUUUGUCACCGGGGCUCUGGCUUUCUGGACGCCCACCUUUCUGUCUCGUGCACAGGUCACACAGGGUCUCAAACAACCCUGUAAAGAAGAGCCCUGUGACUCUGUGGACAGCUACAUUUUUGGAGCAAUCACAGUGGUGACAGGGGUUGUGGGGGUGUUUCUGGGCACCUGCAUUUCCAAGAAGCUGAGAGACCGAGUGCCGAACGCAGACCCGCUCAUCUGUGCCGUAGGAAUGCUCAGUUCCUCACCUUGCUUCUUCAUUGCUAUAGUCCUGGCCUCCACCAGCAUCCCGGCCACUUAUACAUUCAUUGCUAUUGGAGAGACUCUGCUGUCACUCAACUGGGCUAUUCUGGCAGACAUUCUUCUGUACGUAGUGGUGCCUAAUAGAAGAGCGACAGCAGAGGCCUUGCAGAUUAUGGUCUGUCAUCUUCUUGGAGACGCAGGAAGUCCAUACCUUAUUGGUGCGAUCUCAGAUUCUUUGAGUAAGUAUAAUACCACAGACCCCAGCUGGGAUUUCCGCAGAUUGGAGUAUAGUGUUCUGCUGUGCCCCUUCAUUGGGGUCCUGGGAGGGCUGUUUUUCCUCAUGACCUCUCUGUAUAUCAAAGAGGACCGGAAGGCAGCAGAAUUGCUCACUUCAGGACAGACUCCUCAACCAGAAAUAACCACAGUCUCAGAGUCGGUCUGACCAUGAAAACAACAACCCUGAGACCUUGAAUAAGCUUUGAUACAUCAAGCAGACACAUGUUAAUACAUAUGGAUACACGGACAAUGAGAAUAAAGGCUUCAGGAACACUGUAACAGAAUAAAAGUAACAUGUAAAAGUUUACAUGGCAAAGCACUUAGCAUCUUACUGAGACAAAAGCACAUUAGCUCCAUUUGUUACACGUUUAAAGGCAAGACAAUGCAGGUUAAUGAGGUAUAAAUAUUAACUAAUAAUUAUCACCAUACUUUGAUAGCACGUUUUAUAAAAUGGUGUAUUCAUUACGCAAUUGAAGCAUUCAUCAAAUAAAUAGGUGCUAAUUUGCAUACAGUUGUAGCACAUACAGUACCUCUGAACAAAGUGAAUUCAGAUUCAAGGUUUUUUUACUCAGCAGAAUCAAAG